CAUCCCACCUCGAUGAGUGUCUCCUCUGAAUUAGUAUGAAGUGCGUUUGAAGUGCUACACAAGCCGUAUCUUGCAGAGUCGUACAUUUGCGACUUUGAAGUCAGUUACAUCGAGUCAAGUCCAUCAUCGAAAUGGCUGCUGUUCUCGGAAAGGCGCUCUCUCUUCCCUUUUCUCCCGUCAUCUCCGGCGCGCUCCUCGUCCUCCUCACAAAUGGCCCGGACACUUUGCGCGAGCCGCUCCAGCGUCUGAUGGCGUCUGAUGGCGCGACAAAAAAGGGGAUCCAGGUGUUGAAAUACCUCUUUGGCAUCGGGAUCGCGCUGAACGUGAACAACGCCUUGAGCUCCUGGGCGCUCGCAAAUUGGCAGAAUCCAUUCCGGGCGAGGAAGGACAAGUGGACUGGACAUGAGCUUGCCGUCGUCACUGGUGGCUCGAAUGGAAUUGGGUCUUUCAUUUCUAAAGGGCUGGCACGGAGCGGGCACCUGGUCGCAAUUAUUGACCUUGUUGAGCCUAAUGCGGAGUUGAGGGCCGUUGCGAAUAUCCAUUUCUUCAAAUGCGAUAUUACAGACCCAGAGCAAGUGAAGCAGACAGCCGAUGCCAUCAUUUCGCAGCUUGGGAAGCCCUCCAUCCUCUGCAAUAACGCAGGUAUCGGUCAUGCGCAUACGAUCCUCGAGACGACCCCGCAGUAUCUACGCAAGUUAUUUGAGGUGAACCUAUUCAGCCAUUUCUACCUCCUGCAGUCCUUCCUUCCGCACAUGAUUGAAGCACGAAAGGGCCAUAUCAUCACGACGUGCAGCAUGUCAAGUUACCUCUCGCCGGUGGGCUUGGUGGACUACGCAGCCAGCAAGGCGGCAGUCAUGGCGUUCGAUGAGGGCCUGCGUCAGGAGAUCAAGCACCGGUAUGGAGCACCGGAGAUUAUGACCUCUUGUAUCCAUCCAACCUACGUGAAGACUGCACUGGUCAAUAGUUGGGAGAAGGAGUUGGAGAAGACGAAAGCGCUGGUCCUCACGCCAGAGCCGGUUGGGAACACGAUUGUCAAACAUAUCCUGCAGAGGAAGGGUGGACGCGUCUUUCUUCCAGAGUGGCUGGGCGUUGGUGCAGGACUGCGAAUUUUCCCAUUGUGGCUUUCAGAUCUGGUGCGCGAUUGCCGCAAGUCCGAUAUGCUUCCAGACUUGAAAUGAUCGCGAUCGCAACUUCAAACCUCGGACUGAGUUGAUUGCACGCAGCCUUUUCUUCUUAUCCACUUCGAGCCGGCAGAGAACCCCUUCGUUUAGGGAUCACCACUUAUUUAAUGCGCAAUUUGAUUCCUUUCGGGGGUCCUUCUUAAUACUAAAUCCCCGAAAGCUGCUUGAUCGGCGAAACGAAGGAUUGCUUUA